GGGGUAGCGAGGCAGGGGUAAGCCUCACGGAUCGAAGUACGGGUCUGCUUCUGGCCGUAAAGUGGAUCUCGUUCACUCACCUGACUCGAGGCUAUCUUUCUCUCAACUCCAUCUCCAAAUUCUUGGGAUUGUUAUGCUUGGCAGCUCGAAUAUUUGUUUUUCCUUAGAUAAAGCAGUUCUUUUGCGGCUCGAUUAUGAACGUGUAGUCCUAACGGGGGUCCCAAACGUCACAUCAUGUCCUCAUAUGACAUCUCGGCGCUCCGGGCCGCACUCAAUGCGGGGUCAAGCUCCAGAAGACCCCGCGUUAAAAACAACGAAGCGAUCAAGAAGAUCCUAGAUCAAUGGAACAUCCCUGACGGCAUUGCAGACACUGUAUCUAAGAACGAGCUUUGCUACUGGGAGCAGUCGGAAGUUCACCAAGUCUUCGCAAAGCUAGACACCACUCCCGCAGGCAUCAAACGUGGACUCCGUUCUUUCGAAGAUGAUAUCUCAAAGUCCCAAAUUCCUCUCCCUGACGCCGAUCUGCUCAAACCUGAUGUCAAGCUUAUGUUACAGUCCGUUGAGAAGCGUGCUGCUCUCUGUGUCAACGAAGCCGGCGAGUUUUCUCUGAGAGAUAAUGACUAUGUUGCUAUGUCACAUGUUUGGAUCGAAGGAGUCGGUGCGGAUCUGGACAACCGGGGAUUGCCUCGCCGUCUCAUCAAGAGUAUUUUCUCACGGAUCCGCUCGCUCAACACCGAGUGGAUAUGGCUUGACAGCCUCGCAAUCCCAGGAGGCGUGGAGGCGCUCACGCUGCAUGAAGAAGAGCUCAAAGUGAGCUUGAUCAAUUGCCUCGCCGACGUUUAUCGGAAGGCUAAAGCGGUGGUGAUCCUUGAUGCUUUGGUCUUGAGAUUGCGGUCGGUUGACCCUGCGGAUGUGGGCGUCAUCCUCCGUUGUGGCGCAUGGAUGACACGCAUGUGGACUUACCAGGAGAUUAAGUUAACAGAACACGCCCUUGUGGUAACGAAAGAAGGCCCAGUCAGCUGGAAAGAGAUGGUAACAACACUUCAAGAACGCGCCGAGCGUGAUUCAGGGGAGGUGCAAAUUCCCCCGCAUGAUAAGUAUUCAUGUCUCCACCUUACCUUUGGUCGACUUCAAAACCACAGAAAGCUUGGUGUCUCGUUACCAGACCUGGCACUAGGAUGUGGGUAUCGUAACGCCGGAUGUCAUCUCGACCAUGCGCGGGCAUUAUUCCCCACGAUGGGCUUAACCUGGAAGAUGAAUUAUGAUAUCGCAGAAGCCAUGAAACAAGUCUAUCUUUCACAGAAGGAACACGCAACUCGGCUCGUGCUAUAUCACGGGCCUCCAAGACACUUCUGGCCUGGUUGGGCCCCGGCAACUUUCAGCGAUCUGAAAGAUGUCGUUGUUCUCGAAGAAAGUGCUUGGAUGAGACGAGGGCUCAAACGAAGAUGGUUUACAUCUAAGGUCAGAAGAAUCAUACCGAGUAAACCAGGCGCUUUGAUCCUGGCAACCGAAAACCUGGACGGCUCAGAGUCACUAAACGGUUGCUACAUCAGCAAACACGAGAACCCUAAGAGCAUUACAGAAUUUGAGAAUUCUGUCAGUGAAGGAACUGCGUACCUCCUAUCCGAUGACCCACUGAUCCCGAAAAAGCCAUUUGCGAUUGUUGGAUUGUUGGUUGAGCAGUUCAAAGAAGCGAAAGAUAUGGAAGCCUGGAACCAGAUACAUGGCUUCUUCUGCACGAGAACCCUGUGUCUGACCAUUGUAUGAGCGGUAAAGGUCAUUCGGAGCUCAACUAUAUGAUCGAGUUCAGCGAGAAAACAGAAGGUUCUGCCGAAGCUGGGGAGACGGAACUCCAUUUUGCGGCCAGAGCUGGGAAUGAAGUCAAGUUUAGCCAAUUACUGCUCAGAGGCGGGACAGAUGUCAAUACCUGCGAUGAUAGAGGCUGGACACCGCUACAUAGCGCUGCAUCUGCUGGCCAAGACAAGCUCGUCAAGUUAC